CCGGCGGAUGCAAAAGGAGCAACUAUGGCUGACAGAAUCAGGAUGUUUUGGAUACGCUUACUAGAAAAUAGAAGCCAAAAUAACAUUUUUUCUUUUACAGUAAAGUCAUGAAUUAACCUCUCAUUCAAUGGUUUGGCAUAUAAUACGCGCGAAUAUAUUGCUAAUUGUUAACGUCAUUCUUACAGACGGAGUCAGGAUGUUUCUGAAUACUCUUACCUAAAAAUAGAAGCCAAUUGCCAAAUAACAUUUUUUUUUGUAGUGGAAUAAUAAACCCCUUAUUCGAUGGUUUAGCAUAUAAUACGAGCGGACAUUUUGCUCAUUGCUCCUAUUUUUCAUCUCCCCUGCGGGGCUUGGAAAAAUACCACGCAACUCGCGAAAUAUCCGCACGUAUUAUACGCUAAACCAUCGAAUAAGGUGUAUGUAUUCACUAAGUAAAAGCAAAGUUAAGCUGUUUCAGUAACAGAUAUCGACGAAAUAUGGCUGUUUAUAAUGCUUUUCCGACCCGGGGCCAUCUUUACGCAUGAACACACAGGCAAUCACUGAUUUUAACUGGUAACUUGGAAACAAAUGAUACAUUUGCCAAUUAAAUUUUAACAAUUACCAUUGAAGAGUGGGACCAAAGGAUCCCAUUUCUUGUUUGUAUGAUUUUCUGUAGAUACUUGUUUGUAGGAUUCAAUUUUAUACACUCUUUUUACAUUUUGUUGUUGCAGGUUCUAAAAACCCCAGAUGUAUUGUCUUUGAGCGCAACAAAAACUAUAUUUCAAAAGCUUUAAAAUGCACUCAUUUUUAUUUUACAACAGGAUAUUCUACACAUAUGAUAGGAAAGUGGCAUCUGGGAUUCUGUAGCUGGUCAUACACACCACGAUACCGUGGCUUCGAUUCAUUUUAUGGCAUAUAUCUUGGGGCUGGAGAUCAUUACACACACGAGAGAGCCAGAAUUCUUGAUCUACAUGAUAACGAAACGCCUGUAGAAAAUAAAGACGGAGUUUAUUCUACGUAUCUUUACGCUGAGGUUUGGAAUAACAAUAGAUUCUUAUUUAUUCUUUUUUUGUUUUCGUUUAGAUAGGGAGUUACUGCCAUACUUGGGCUAUAUAGGUAUGAGCCGCUUGUGAAGGGUAUGAUUUUCAAGCAGUUUACUCUAGGAUAGGGUAUAUACAUCAGAACAUUUGGGUCUAGAAUAAGGUAAAUAGAAUUUAAUAGAUAUGGAUACAAAUUUUAGCGUCACCUGGCCCCAACACAGUAAAGUGGAUGUCAAUUUCGAGCGCUUUUUAUUUGCAGCAAGCACAGAAGGUAAUUCUAUCCCACAAUGCCUCGACACCAUUGUUUUUAUACCUACCAUUUCAAAGCGUCCAUAGUCCUCUGCAAGUUCCCACCGAGUAUUCGGAAAAGUACGAAAACAUCAAAGAUGAUGACAGAAAAAUGUAUGCAGGAAUGGUUGAAAAUGUUGAUAAAGCAAUAGGAAAUAUAACAGAGGCCAUGAAGACAGCUGGGUGAGUAGAUAACAAGUAGAGAUCUGGACCUGUCAAAUAAAACAUCCAUUUAUUUGACAUCAAAAUUACAUUACGGCACCCAUAAGAAUUUGAAGUACCCAUUCGUAAUAAGCCCUUAGGGGUACGGAAGCAGGGAUCAUAAGUAAAUUCCGGGGGAGAAAGAAAAGGAAAUAUGAUAUUAAUCCCCGGGAGAACCCUUUACUUGUCAUUCAGUUAAGGGGUGUAAAUCGCCAAAUGUUGGUCUCACUUUGGAAGUUUUUCAUUAAAAGCAAAUAUUUUUUUACCCAGACAGUUACAACUUAGGUUUGUGCGGGACGAAAUCGCCAUAUAAACGUGAUAAAGAAACUAACUGCAAAAACCGUGGACGAAGAUCCCGCUGGUUGUAAACGUUGGAUCUCUAUAGAAAAAAGAUCUAAUCAGCCAAAAUAUCCAAAAAACUAGAAGUCCAAAGACCACUACAAAGCUGAUCAUAACAACGUGUUUUGUUUUUUUUCAUAACAUUAUUUCGGCUGCCCAUACCAGCCUUCUUCAGGUUUACAGAUGUUACUGAAUUUAUGAUAGGAAUUACAAUAUUCAGUAUAUUGCUGGUUUUCACUGUCACGCUAUUCAAAAUAGAUCAAAAUAAAAAUCAAAACCGUUCAAUAGAUAAAGUCCAGAAUCUGGGAAAUGAAAGGAGGUAAAUAUGCAAAGACCCUCGCCAAGAUUCAGGUCAGAGGAAUGUUUCGUAUACGAGAUAUUCGAAGAAACGUUUUACCCAAAUUUACACAGAUUUGUAUGGAGACGCCAUGCUGGUGCUCAUCCGGAUGAGCUCCAACAUGGCGGACGGAAACCAACAGAAACAUCUGUUUCCGAGUUUUGCUACAAAAACGUGAAUUUAUUCUUCGAAGAACUCAUAAACCUUACAGUAAUACUUUUUCUAAUACAUGAACUGUUUAGAUAGCAAAAUUCCCUGAAAUAAGUCAUUUUUUAAACCUACAUGACAGCUCUCUUGGCCUCCAUGUAAAUGCCGCGUCACACAAAAGUUUAGAAAUUCAAGCGUACUCUAUCACAAAAGCAAGAACCCUUUUGAAGCGAAAAUUUGUUUGAAAAUUAGGCUCCAGCUGUUCUAAUACAUCGUGAAAGUAAAAUCUCGGUAGGAUCGAUAGUUUUGUUGUUCGAAUUUUAGUGAAGUCAUGUCAAAGCCAGCAAUAAUAGAAAUGUCGCAAUAACCAUUGUUGAAAAAGGAGAGAUGGAAAUGAAGUACAACAUAGAAAAGAAAAGAAAAACUAAUAAGGAUAUGGAUUACAAUGAUUCGUCACGGCAGUUUAGGCCAUUAGGUUCAAGAGUCAUGGCCUUAUCUAUCAAAUGUGACUCCCUCGCCUUACGGACCGAGUCACGUGAAGAAUGAAUUUUCCCUAAUGAGAUUAACUGCAUGUCAGUGAGAGAAUGGUCAGAAUGAAAGAGAAAGUAUUCAGAAACAUUAGUUGGUUUAGAUUUAAUGUUAGUUUUGUCGACUGGACGUCUGUGUUGGUUAAAUUUGUCCUUGAGGCAAAAGUGACCAAACAGUGUUGAAGACAGUGUUGGUGUCAAUAUUUUUAGCGGAAUUAAAAUCACUACAGCGCUUGUUUGAUUGCCUGUUCUAGCAUGGUCUCUUCUAGGGCUUAAAAUAUUGAGCUUAAGCCAAUACUUGAGAAAUAACUUGUUAAUAGAGAGUUUUAGAUCCGAGUUUACCGCGAACUUCUAACCGCGGUUUGCGGUUACCCGUUUGCGGUUCGACGUUCAAACAUAAUUCGAUUUAGAUUGGCGGUGGAUUAAAGAAGUGGAUUCUGGUUUAUUUUUCCAUUUAGAAAUGAAAGAAAUAUCAAUCAGUGAAAAUAAAAGAAAUUUACGGUAACACUGGGUUAUCUAGCAGCAAAGAGUUGUAAAUUCUUACAUUAGUUCUUCUUAUAAAUUUACGGCCGGCAUUUUGAAUCAGCAGCCAUGAAUGGCACUUGUUUUCAAGAUGCAAUAGGAUUUAUCAAAUUUAGCAUUUCGCCCGAAUUUGUGCCUCUGUUAAUGGAUAAAGACUUGCUGCACAAGAUUUUCGUAUCAUUACGUUGGAUAAAACAAGAAUUAUACGCUAAAAGCUUUCAGGUAAAUGGCAUACGUGAAAACCUACCUCCCCACGUUGAAAAUGCACGUCGUAAACCUCAAACGUGACGCGAAAGACUUGUCACGUGACUCCCAGCGGUUAGAGGUUCGCGGUAAACUCGGAUCUAAAACUCUCUAAUGACUAAAUCACCGCUUCGUGUCAAACAAAUCUUUAUCCCAAGUAUUAUAUGAAACGUCACAAACAACAAAAAUGAACUUUGAAAAUCUGAUAUGCUAUCAAGUUUCCAAAAUCCACAAUUGCAGUCCGUUAAUCUCUUCUAGAAUAUCCAUUCUUAGCUCCUUUUGUAUUCGCCCUGUUAGUUGUACCUUCUUAUGUGUCACUUAGUUUUUUCGUUUUGCUUUACUUUCUGUUUAGUUUAUGGGACAACACUUUGUUGAUUGUGACUACUGAUAAUGGCGGGGCACCUGAUGAUGGUGGUUACAACUGGCCUCUUCGUGGUGGAAAAGGAAGCCUCUGGGAGGGAGGGGCCAGAGGAGUGGGUUUUGUUCAUGGAAAUAUGCUGCAGAGGACUGGAGUCACGUGCAGUGAGCUUUUUCACGUGACUGACUGGUACCCAACCCUCCUCUAUCUUGCAGGUUUGCCCCCAUUGAUUGUUACAAAUACUUACAUCACGUCACUCCUUUAGAUCACUGAAGUGCUCUGUAAGAAUUGUUAAUUGUCCAUUAUAACAUAGCGCGCGUGCUUACCCUAUAUAAGUCCUAUUGAGCCGCUAUGAACAGAAUCUUUAUUAACGCACGCCCGUGCGUAAAUAAGAUGACGUAAGCCUUUUUUUUACCUGGCUGCAAAGUUGUCGUCUUUUAAGCUGCAGUGCAGUUUUUCCUUCUCUUUAAAAUAUGGAAGAAACCAACGAAGAACUGCCCAAUUUUUCUAUCGGCAUUAACCUUUUAGGUCCUGAUCCAACAAGCAGCAAAAAUGAGAGCCGAAUUAAAAAAACUCGCAUGUUGCGCGUCUCGCAAAUUUGUCGGAAGACCAGCUGCAGCAGAUUUUGGCCGAAAGACAUUCACUGGGAACAGAACAGACACCAACUGGUCAUCAACAACAUUUAAAGGUUAAAUUUCCGUUUUUAUUGUUGUUUUUAAAUUUGUUAUGCACUUUUGUUAGAUCUCCAGACAAUCCGACUGAAGCAGGAAGAUUUCUCUCGCAAUAACAAACACAAAUUACACAAGAAGACAUAAAUUUAUUACUCACAAAAACAACUGCUGCCAGGUCUUCUCAAGAAGCCGUAAUGACCAGCCAAUGUUUGUAAAUGAAUAUGAGUUUAAAGAAGGAUGAAAGUCGUCUUCGCUAAAAACAUGUUUUCUGGAUUUCGCCCAGCAAAACGUAAACAUCUUUUCAGCAAAUCCAAACCAUAAUCCACGACUUCUUACGAACAUGUUAGUGUUUUAACUUUAGGUGAACUUUAAGACUCUUUUACCUUUGUUUCUGCUUAGUUUCCAUUGAUCGUUAACGAAUAAAGAAGAAAAUUUUCUUUCUCAGUUUUACAGAAAAGCUACAGAAAGAAUAUUUUCAUUCAAACUAGAUGAUUGUGGUGUGUUCGUAAUCAGCCAAUAGAAGCGUUUGUUAUUGUGUAGCGCGUUACGAGAAUUUUGUAGUUAAUCAAAAAGCAAGCAUUUUUGUCAGCUAUGUUAUAAAAGAAUUUGCUCAUGCUUUUAGCUGUGCGUAUAUCGAGUUAUGGAUGCACUUGGGAAGUUUGGAGAGCACUCAAGAAGCUAGAGUUGCACUCGGCUAUCGCCUCUUGCAACUCUUACGCAUCUUUCGUGCUCUCCAAACUUCCCGCGUGCAUCCAUAACUCGAUAUACGCACGCGGAGCAUGAACAAAUUCUUAAUUUUUAAUUAGUAGAAAACCAAAACGCUAUUAACCUUGCUUCUUGUUCCUUGUAAGGCAUAGAAGAGGAUUCUGAUAGUUCAGCGCUGGAUGGCUACAACAUAUGGCCCGCAAUUUCUGAAGGAGCCGCAUCAGAAAGAACAGCGAUUCUUCACAAUAUUGACGGAGACACUGCGGCAAUUCGUGUGGGCGACAUGAAGCUGUUGUUAAACGUAACCGAUAAAGACUGGUACGAACCGCCAGAGUUGUCCUCUGGAGCAAGGAAAACGAAAAAGGUAUUAACAAGAGAGCAUGAUGGGACAGAGAGGGAAACGCCCAGUCUACUGACCCCAUGGGACUGA